AUCUUCUCUAAGAUGCUGCUCCUUUCACGGCCUACCUCCACAACAACAAAAGUUUCAAGAUGAAAGACCAGAAAUAUCGUGCCUUUAUGGUAACACCAGCUUUCAUAAAAGCUCGAGAAAGAAAAGAAAGAAAUGAUGUGUCUUAUGGAAGAGUAUUUCCACAUCUUGAAUCUAAUACUUUGGGUAAUGUAGAUCACAGGAGUAUUGGCAAGGGCCUGGACGAAAGGAACACCGUUAUCUCUCCGCGAUCCAUCAAAGUAUGCUCAGCGCCAGCCCCACGAACGAAAGGACUGAAUUCUGUAGUCGAUGGACAUCCAGGAGAGCCAAGACUCGAUGGAGGGAACCACUUUCUUUCUUGGAAAAUUCCUGAUCGGAUUUUAUCAACGGGAAAUAUACAAGGUACAGGAAUUGUGCCAAAGGAAUCUGGUCACCUGCCUAAUGAAGUUGCUAAAGCAAACCAAGUCAAAAUGAGAGAGACCUCAACUGGUACAAGAGAAAAGCCUAAAGAAGCCACUGCAUCUCCGCCUGAUUUGCCACGUCUUCCAUCAUCCAUAAGGAAGGGAAAUCACAAGAGUUCAAAAAAGGAAACAGAGAAAGACCCCCAUGAUUUUGCAAAAGAGUGGUUGAGUCGAUAUGAUAAAGAAGAAAGACAUAUGGCAGAAGAGCUGCUCAACUCACCUUCUGAUAACAUUUUGGCUGCAAAUGCUUUCAAGCCAGCAAUUGCAUUUACAAAACAAAGGCCUGCAACUGAUGGCUCGGUGCUAUCUUUCAGUGCCAAGCAGUCAGCGGUCUCGAGGCUAUCAUGUCGCACAAACAUCUUACACAGAACAUCAAGUGUUGCUUGGAGACGUGAUAGCGCAUGGCUGAAGCCAACGAAAAUUUCUUACCAGUCCUGGCAUGGCCUACCUAGGUACUCAAUGAACGCUGAUGUUAACAUUACUUCAAUGUACAUGCUUCCCCAUAAAAAGCAGGGUACCUGUUUCAUAAUCCACCCUGAAUGGAGCAGCAGGGUUUAACCUGGUAUUUUCAAGGAACAUGUAAUCUAAAGCAGCUGAAAUAGUGUAGUCGCCUGGACAAAAGUAGUAGGAAUUUUACAAAAGCAAUGCAUAAAUCGCAAGACGAAUAAAUCGAACUGUCUCAAUAUAAAGAACAAUAUCUUUUACGAUAUCUUAUACUCUUCUUUGUAUACCUUAUAAGUAGCUGAAUUGACAGUGUUUCCAAUCAUUACAAAAAGUUGUACAAUAACUAGUAGCGUUAGCAGUAGUUGUAACUUCUUAGUUUCCCAAAUUCAUUGUCUAUGUCAAUUAGAAAGUUAGAUUUUUGUACGUGUUAACAGUGAAUUCAAAACACGGACGUAUUGUAAACUAAACAUUUAUUAGACCAAAUUAUUGCUUAUAUAGACUUUUAACACGUA